CCUCAACUUGUCCAUCAGGUCCAAUCAACCCACAAUCGCUGCAUUACAAAACGUUUCCAUUGAAUCUCAUGUAGCAAAUUUUCAGUCUGACAUUUGGCAAUUACUCUCUAACCUACACUGCAAGCCCACAAGCUCUCUAUCCCCGUGAUACCUACUUCAAACCGUCGACCUGAGUCGACAUCCAAGACCAGACUGCCAUUUCUUCCGCCUUCUACCACAGUUAUUCCCGACGAUUGAGAUGAAGUCUGUACUCAUCGUUGGGGCUGGCCCUGCCGGUCUGGCCACCGCCAAAACACUGUUACAUCGCACCGGCGGCACCUUUAGAGUCACCAUCUUCGAGGCCUCAGACCGAGUGGGGGGAAUGUGGAGGGGAAGGCCAGGUGAAGAAGGCGACAAAUGCAGCCCGCACAUGAGGACCAACCUAAGCCGGUUCUGCGUAGCCUUCUCUGACCUUUCAUGGCAUUCCGUCGCGUCAGACACCACUGACGGCCGGUCUAAGAGCUUGUCGAUGUUUCCAAAGGCACACGAGGUCGGUCGGUAUCUGGAAGAGUACGCACGAAAGUUCAUUCCCGAUGGAGUCACGAUUUGCAACAGGCAGGUCAAAGCUGCCAAGCUCGAAGGCGAUCGGCCACGUCGGUGGAUUGUCUCGUCUCUGGAUACUACCACAAGCACAACGCAUGAGGACGAGUUCGACUACUUGGUUGUCGCAAGUGGGUUCUUUGAUCGACCAAGUCAGGAUGAUCUUCAUUCCAAUUCCAAGAAUGGAUCUCACAGUGCAGGAAUACAGGCCUCUUCCAAGUUCAGGGACGUUUCUUCUCUGGCGAAAUCAGCUGGCAACAUCGUCGUCAUCGGAGGAGGAAUUAGUGGUAUAGAAGCUGCUGCGACAGCUGCCUUUCAAAUUUCUGACGCAAAAUACGCGCCUGGAAAGGUGAAGCCAGUCCAUGCCGAGAGCAAAAUCUAUCACGUUUUCAAUCGACCGUUCUACCCUCUACCUCGAUACCUGCCAGGAAAUCCCCACAAUCCGGAUAUACAAGACUACCGCCUCGCACCUGACUUUCUCCCCCUCGACCUCGCCAUGUACAACCUAGGUCGGCGAGGAACCGGCGAGAUCUUCGCUACAAACGGCCAGGUGCCAGCUGAGAAAGCCAAGAAAGGGCAUGAAUUCAUACGACUCAAUCUCGGUGGCGAUCAGAGGGACCUUGGCCAUCCACAACUGGUCUAUACGCCCAUCCAGACCGAGUGUCCGGCGUACACAGGGGUUUCUGACACAUACACGGAAUUUGUAAGAAGCGGUCUCAUUGUGCCAGUGCAGGGUCGUGCAUCCGUCGAGGAAACGGAUGACAAGACAAGUGUUCACGCACUGCAGAAGGGCCUCUGGUCUCUGCACAGCGAUGUUUCGCAAACCAGCGAAGAAACAACGUACACGAUCGACAACGUCACGGGCAUCAUCAAGGCAAUCGGCUUCGAGGCCCACCUCGAGUACCUCUCAGAUUCGGUCAGGCAAGCCCUCGACUACGAUUCGCAAUGCCAUCGGGUCCCAUUCCUCCUAUCGCGUGGCUCGAUACAGAAUCCCAACGUACCCGAGCUAGCAUUUGUUGGUUUCUACGAAGGUCCGUACUGGGGCGUGAUAGAAGCGCAAGCUAGGCUAGUAGGUCACAUUUGGGAUCCCGAAUCCUCGGUACCUCGCGAGUCCCUGUCCGCUGUUACAAGCGAUAUUUCGCAAUCGAAGUCGAUACGCGAGGCAAUAAAGAGGGACGACCUCGAUGUGCCUCAAUUCUGGAUGAUGGACUACGUAGGUCUGAUCGACGAGUUCUCCCGCCUGGCCUCGAUCCCCCGAAACGACACCACUUUUCCCGGCCAAUCCGGCCCAGCCUUCGCAUCACGAUACGCCGAACCUGGUCCUUCAACUGAAGCUGCAGAGGAAGUCAUACAAGAAGUCCACAGUCUCCUCGAAGCAUCCUCCUCGGAGGGCCGCUUCGUCGCAGCAGCUGCUUUCCGCGCCAUGCAAGGAGACUGGACUCUCCUCCGCAAGAUCGACUCCCGGCACCCCUCCUCGCCAGGCGGAACGCUGGCGGGCAGUGCAUCGUUCCAUCCUCGAGAACCCACGUCCCCGAACGCGACUGCAGAAUUCCUCUACAUCGAAACCGGCACCUUCACUAUGGACAACGGAUACAGUUUCCCCGCGACACGACGCUAUGUAUACCGCUACAACGAGGCCACCGACAAAAUCUCGACGUACUUUGUGCAAGACGACGGCGAGAGCGCAGAGCGGCUGUUCAACUCGCUCGUCUUUUCGAAGCCGGAGGACGUAGAGAAAGGGUGGAUUGCGAAGAGUACGCAUUGGUGUGAUCCGGAUAACUAUGAGAGUAGCUGUGAGUUUAGAUUCAGAGGGGCAGCGUUGUCGACGUUCGGAAUCACGUAUAAGGUCAACGGGCCGAAUAAGAACUAUUCGCAUGAGAGUUGGUAUGGCAGACGGGUUCCUGGAUCUUUAGAGAAUUAGAUUAGAAGGGUAGAAUAUAGAAGUAAAUAGAGUUUCGUAAAUUCAAUACUAUCUUGUUG